GGCACGGUGCCCUGAGCCCCCGCAGGCGACGCUCAGGCUCCCGGGGACCACUUCUGAGGGAGCCAGCCCUCCCCUGAGGCAGUUAUUUGAGAGCCGGAGCGAGCGCGCGAGGCCGGAGGGCUCCCCGCAGCCGCCCACCCGGUCCUCUGGGAGCCGAGUCCUACCUGGAGGAGGAGCGCCCCGGAGCUCGAGGACGGCGGAGGAAAGUUGGGGGGAGAGGGCGCGGAGCCGCGAGCCUAGGAACCGCGGCCGGUGUCCGCGUCUCAUGAAUAUGCAGGAGCCACCUCCCUCCCUCCGUGACGUCACGGGCCGUCCCGGGGUGAGCGCCGGAGCUGCUCGGGGUCCGCGCCAGUGAGCGCGGCUGCUGCGGGCGAGCUAGCGGCGCGGCGGCGGGCACCGGAGGCCGAGCGCGGCGGCGCCCGAAGCGCACACAGCGUCAGGGCAAGGCGGCCCGAGGCCCGGCGGACACCGGAAGGCGAGAGCCGGCGAGGGCAGUAGGCGGCGGCGGCGGCGGCGGCAGCGGCGGCGGCAGCGGCAGCUCGUAGGCGGCGGCGGCGGCGGCUAGGAUGGUGACUGGGAGGCUGUGCUGGGUGCCGCUCCUGCUGGUGCUGGGCGUGGGGAGCGGCAGCGGCGGCGGCGGGGGCAGCCGGCGGCGCCGCCUCCUCGCCUCUAAAGUGAACAAGCACAAGCCAUGGAUUGAGACUUCAUAUCACGGGGUCAUAACAGAGAACAACGACACAGUCAUUUUGGACCCACCACUUGUCGCCCUGGAUAAAGAUGCACCGGUUCCUUUUGCAGGGGAAAUCUGUGCAUUCAAGAUCCAUGGCCAGGAGCUACCCUUCGAGGCUGUGGUGCUCAACAAGACGUCGGGAGAGGGCCAGCUCCGCGCCAGGAGCCCCAUCGACUGUGAACUGCAGAAGGAGUACACGUUCAUCAUCCAGGCCUAUGACUGCGGCACGGGGUCCCAGGAGACGGCCUGGAAGAAAUCGCACAAGGCCGUGGUCCAUAUCCAGGUGAAGGACGUCAAUGAGUUUGCUCCCACCUUCAAAGAGCCAUCCUACAAGGCUGUCGUGACAGAGGGCAAGAUCUACGACAGCAUCCUGCAGGUGGAGGCUGUCGACGAGGACUGCUCCCCGCAGUACAGCCAGAUUUGCAACUAUGAAAUCGUCACAACUGAUGUGCCUUUUGCCAUUGACAGAAACGGCAACGUCAGGAACACGGAGAAGCUGAGCUAUGACAAGCAACGCCAGUAUGAGAUCCUGGUGACCGCCUACGACUGCGGACAGAAGCCUGCAGUGCAGGACACCCUGGUGCAGGUGGACGUGAAGCCAGUUUGCAAGCCUGGCUGGCAAGAUUGGACCAAGAGGAUUGAGUACCAGCCUGGCUCGGGGAGCGUGCCCCUGUUUCCCAGCAUCCACCUGGAGACGUGUGACGGGGCUGUCUCCUCCAUCCAGAUCACCACGGAGCUGCAGACCAACUACAUCGGGAAGGGCUGUGACCGCGAGACCUACUCUGAGAAAUCCCUUCAGAAAUUAUGUGGAGCCUCCUCUGGCAUCAUCGACCUCUUGCCGUCCCCCAGCGCCGCCACCAACUGGACCGCAGGACUGCUGGUGGACAGCAGCGAGAUGAUCUUCAAGUUCGACGGCAGGCAGGGUGCCAAGAUUCCUGACGGGGUUGUACCCAAGAACCUGACGGAUCAGUUCACGAUCACCAUGUGGAUGAAGCACGGCCCCAGCCCUGGCGUGAGAGCUGAGAAGGAAACCAUCCUCUGCAACUCAGAUAAAACCGAAAUGAACCGGCACCACUACGCCCUGUACGUGCACAACUGUCGCCUUGUCUUCCUCUUGCGCAAGGAUUUCGACCAGGCAGACACCUUCCGCCCCGCGGAGUUCCACUGGAAGCUGGACCAGAUUUGUGACAAAGAAUGGCAUUACUAUGUCAUCAAUGUGGAGUUUCCUGUGGUUACCUUAUACAUGGAUGGAGCAACGUAUGAACCAUACCUGGUGACCAACGAUUGGCCCAUUCAUCCAUCUCACAUAGCCAUGCAACUUACCGUCGGCGCUUGUUGGCAAGGAGGAGAAGUCACCAAGCCGCGCUUUGCUCAAUUCUUCCAUGGCAGCCUGGCCAGUCUCACCAUCCGCCCUGGCAAAAUGGACAGUCAGAAGGUGAUUUCCUGCCUGCAGGCCUGCAAGGAAGGGCUGGAUAUCAACUCCCUGGAAAGACUGGGCCAAGGAAUAAAGUAUCAUUUCAACCCCUCGCAGUCUGUCCUGGUGAUGGAAGGUGACGACAUUGGGAACAUCAACCAUGCCCUCCAGAAGGUCUCCUACAUCAACUCCAGGCAGUUCCCAACCGCGGGUGUGCGGCGCCUGAAAGUCUCUUCCAAGGUCCAGUGCUUUGGAGAAGAUGUGUGUAUCAGCCUCCCUGACGUGGACGCCUACGUGAUGGUGCUGCAGGCCGUCGAGCCCCAGAUCACCCUCCAUGGCACGGACCGCUUCUGGAGACCCACUGCCCAGUUUGAAAGCACCAAAGGGGUUACCCUCUUCCCCGACAUCAAGAUUGUGAGCACCUUCGCCAAAACCGAGGCCCCCAGUGACUUGAAGACCACAGCCCCCAAACCAGCAGUUUUUGAAGAAAUGCUUCACAACUUAGAUUUCUGUGACAUUUUAGUGCUGGGAGGGGACUUGGACCCCAAACAGGAGUGCUUGGAGCUCAACCACAGUGAGCUCCACCAGCGACACCUGGACGCCACCAACUCCACGGCCGGCUACUCCAUCUAUGGUGUGGGCUCCAUGAGCCGCUAUGAGCAGGUGCUACGUCACAUCCGCUACCGCAACUGGCGUCCAGCUGCCCUGGAGGCCCGGCGGUUCAGGAUCAAGUGCUCGGAACUCAAUGGGCGCUACACCAGCAAUGAGUUCAACUUGGAGGUCAGCGUCCUCCAUGAGGUCAGGGUCUCAGACAAGGAGCACGUCAACCACCUCAUCGUGCAGCCUCCCUUCCUCCAGUCUGUCCAGCACCCGGAAUCCCAGACUAGCAUCCAGCGCAGUUCAGUGGUCCCGAGCAUUGCCACGGUGGUCAUCAUCAUCUCCGUGUGCAUGCUAGUGUUUGUCGUGGCCAUGGGCAUGUACCGGGUCCGGAUCGCCCACCAGCACUUCACCCAGGAGUCUGAGGCUGCCAAGGAAGCCGAGAUGGAUUGGGACGACUCGGCACUUACUAUCACAGUCAACCCCAUGGAGAAACACGGAGCCCCAGGGCGUGGGGAAGAUGAGACCGAGGAAGAGGAGGAGGAGGAAGACCUAAGCUCGAGCAGCAGCGACUCCGAGGGCAGUGAUGAGGAGGACGAGGAGGAGGGAGCGGGCAGGGGCGGACACGGGCCGGGCGGAGCCGCGCAAGCCCAGCUGGAGUGGGAUGACUCCACCCUCCCCUACUAGUGCCCGGCCGUCUGCGCCCGCCCACGUGUCCCUUUUGGAAGCCCCGCCCCGAUGUACGCCCCAGCCUAUCGCGUCGCCUCUGAUUUCUAUGACAGGUCCCGGCAGGCCUUCCCCAGCACCCUGGAACCCACCCUUUACGCCUUGGGUACUCCCCGCGUCCCAGCCCUGGGGAGGUUCCCAGAAGCCCAGCGUCAUCCUCACUGGGGACUUCAGGGGGGACUUUGUCCUGUGGCCCCCACUUCUCUUGCACUGGGCUCACCCAGCAGCCUGUCAGUAGAUCUGUGGGUACCGUGUUUGCUCUCCCCUGCAGGGGAGAAGGUCAGCCUUCAUGUCGCUCCCCUACCUGGGCUCCACAUUCUCAGGGUCCUGAGGUUCCAACCCCCCGUGCGGGCACUGACUCCGUGGUGUCUCCACACCGACCAUCAGUUCUUCGCACCUGCCUCUCCAGGCUGCUUCCUACAAGCAGGAUGGUCAGACUCCACACGCCCGAGGUCUAAGUCCUCAACACUUCAAAAGAACGUCUGGACCGAGGUGGAAUCAAGUUUGCAGGGAAGGGUUUGCCUAGGCUGUCCCCACGGCUCCCCACCACCACACACACGUGCUCUUCCAUUUUGGAGAGCCUCUCCCUUUGUCCUUUGUGAGGCCACAGAAGCUCAUAUGAAAAGUCCGAAACCAGGAGCAGGCCCUUGGCCACAGCAGGGCCUGGUUCCAGCCAAAGUUCUCUGAGAACCUGCCUUCCUGGCAGCCACUGAGACCCACGGUGCUGCCCUGCUGGGGGUUCCCACCACAUGACACCACGAGGGCCAGGAAGCAUUGCACAUAGCCACUGCCCUGGGUGACAGCAGGGACAAGCCUGCAGCCAGGGAUCAGAAGGAAGGGCUUCAGGGUGGACGCAGAGCUGGGUGACGGGGUGGCUGGGCUCUCCCGGUCCAGAGGGCGACCCCAAGGUUGACAAGGCUCUCACUGUCUAGUCUUAGGGUCCCUCGUCCCCUAGUUCACAGGUUUGCCUCUUGAGAAGAUACACUCCUCUUGGAUGUUUUGGAACAAGCAUGAACUGCGCCGAGUCUAAAAUAAGAGUUUGGAGAUUUAACUGCUAGAAAUUCGAAGCAUCUUUGCCAUGAUAACAGCUUCUUUCUUCUUCUCAGAAAAGGAGCAAUGCUUUGGGUGGAGGGCAAAUACAUCCAAAAACCAUUUCCUUCUUUCCUUCUUCUUUGUUUUAAUAAGGAAACCUUUUCCAUCUCCAUCUUAACAUGGACACUUUUGGAGGAGAACUGUUGCUAUAGUAACUGGUCUGUGAUCUUUCCUGGCGGAGAGUAUAGCAGGCAAGAGCUAGGGCUGUUAGAGGACUUCCAUGAGGCUCUAAGAACGUCUUUGUUUCAAAUGUCUUGGGCUUUUUUUGUCCUCAAUAUGUAUGACCUGUCCCCUCUCUCCCCCACCCCAACUCCCAGCCCAUCCCGUACUGGCACGGGCACAGAGCUCGUCCCUAGGCACAGGGUAUUCAGGUUCAAAAGAAAGGUCGGAAUCUGUUCAUCCUACUCCCUGUGUCAGAGAGACACAGCUACUCUCCUACUCAGAGAGAGCUUAGGAAGGGAGACCACCAUCAAUGUCUUUUAGUCUGACCUCCACCCAGUGAGGAUCCGUGACAGGUCUUUGUAACCUUCUGAUUUGAGGAAACCACCUUAGGCAGCCUUUUCCUUCGCCUAACGUGUUUUUUGCAUCUGUUUCCUCCUUUGAGCCUCACAAGAAUCCCAUGAGGGAGUGGGGAACGCCUCUUGUUAGACCCAUUUUCAUGAUGAGUAAACGGAGGUUCAGAGAUUCAGCAUCUUGCUCAGAGUCAUUCCGAGGCAUAGACAAGACGGGACUCCCCACUCUUGGCCCAGUGCCUACCACCCUGAUUCUACUUAUUUGUAUUCAUGCAGCUAAGAGGCAUUGCUGAGGACCUACUACGUGCUAAGUGCUCUACCAGCAGCUGUGGAAAAGGGAGAAAGCGGAAGAAGCUCCUCCCUCAGAGGACUUGAUAGUUGCAGAGGAGAAACAGUCAGGCAUAGAAAUCAUACAAGAGACGAAUGCAGAGGGAGGGAGAGGAGAAGUCACAGGAAGAAGAGGGACACAUUUGCAAACUCAACGCAUGCUCUGAUUUUCCCCUCCUUAGAAAAGACGCUGGCAGGAGUUUGGGGCUUUAUAUUCAUUGAAUGGAAAUAGACACCUCUGUGAAUAUUCCCAGUCAAAUAGCCCUUUUCUAUCAGGCAGGGUCUGCACACCUAGAAGGAGAAAAUCUUGGAUUUGUAGUCCUCAUAGUCCCCUUAGUUAAAUAAAAAGAGACUUUUUAGCCAGGCAUUUAGGAGCUAACAGAAUUCUUCCAAAAUUAAGGCAGUAAAAUGAGUACUGUAUUUAUAGGUUUAAAGCCAAUUCUUUUUGAAUUGGAUUUUGAUUGAAAACAUUGAAGUCCGGUGUUCAUGAGAGUGCUUUCUUCUGCUAGGUCUUUCGGUUUGGCUGUGGUGGGGAAGGUGGUCUGGUGCCCUCCAACUGCCUGCUAUGGCUACAUCACUUAUUCACGGCUCGGUGAGCUGCUUGGGGCAUGUGAAACCAUUUUG